GCACACACACAAACACGAGCCUGAAUAAAAUAUAUUGACACGUAAAUACAAAUACGAGUGUGGAUAAAUACAGGCACGUAUAAGGAAGUAGUACACACAAGGGGUAGGUUGUAGCAUGUUGCGUCUGAACCAUAUGAGGGCUCGAGGAGGUCUGCGCAUUGUGCGUGACGCCUCCUCUCGUGUGUGUGGCACACCGUCGAUACACGCAAUCCCUCACCGCUUCUCAUCUACAAACACAGAUGUGGCAGAUGCAUCGGCACCAGAAACACACCCACUGUACGAAGAACAAGAUAAGUUAUUGCAACCGAGACAUCUCCUGCAAGCGGCAGCCAGGAAGAAAGACUGGUUCGACCUUUUGGCACGACGCGAAGCAGACCCAUCACUCGAGCGCAAUGCACGCCUGGGCCUGGAACGGGUGCAUCUGCCCGAUGUAGCAGGUAUGACGGAGGAGGAGGUAUACGCUAACUACGACGGCUUUAUCAGUGGCACGCCAUUACGUGUGGUGGUGAAGCAUGCUGGGCUUUUUGAUCACAUGUUUGAUGAAGUACACCUCAAAAGGCUCAGACGACUUUUGCGCAUAUCGUACGGUCCCACUGGAGACGCCGCAAAGGUUACUGCGAGUGCCGAGGCGUCGGUUGCUGAGACACUCGAUACGAAAGUGGUACAAGAACCAAUCGAAGACGAUAAGAAAGCCCAGAAGAAGAAGAAGAAGAAGCAACAGAAGGAAGCUAAGGCCAGUGAGAAGGAUCAGAAGGCGGCCAAGGUCAAGCCGUCUAUACCCGCGCCCAUUGUGUUCAAUACGGACAACAACGUGUAUUACGGCAACUUUCUGAAGCCUGCACACAUGCAGACCGCUCCAAAGGUAGCGUUUGAGGGCAAGCCAGACAAGCUGUACACACUAGUACUGAGCAGUCCAGAUGCGAAUGUGUACGACGAUGAGAAGGAGGCAUUGCAUUGGAUGGUUGCGAAUAUAGGCGAGUCUGACAUUACCCAGGGUGUUGAGGUGUGCAAAUACGUACCUCCCACCCCACCGUACGGCUUUGGGGCGUGUAGGUACGUCUUUGCCCUGUACGAGCAGGCGGAGCCCGUUCCCAUGGCAACCUACACAGCUGAUAUGAUCCCGGGAUUGUCCUCGUUUUCCAGCCGGGAGUUUAUGCAGUCACAGAAGGCGGCGUUGAAAGGUGUAGCGUUUUUCCAGUGUGAGUAUGAUGAGAGUGUCAGCAAGACCUUUGCGGAAACUGUCGGACUUGAAACCGAACCAGCGUACGAAGCACUGGAAUAGUCUGAGAGUGGGGUUGUUGAGCAUCACCAAUUGGUUGAGUGGGGUGGGGUGUACGUUUGCACAUGCACACAUACAAGGAUGUGUCAUGGAUGUACAUAGACACAUAUUAGAUAUCAUCAAGUAAAACGUAUUUCAAACUG